AUGGCCGGCUCCAGUCGCAUUGGCUUCAUGGCCAUUGCUGUUGUUUUUCAUUUGGUAUAUAUCUUGUCCAUUUUCGACAUCUACUUCGUCAGUCCGAUUGUCUCGGGCAUGCAACUCUUUGGUGUCGAGCGCCCACCUGAGUCUCCCAAGGCCCCCGCCGACAGGCUUGUACUCUUCGUUGGUGACGGACUUCGUGCAGACAAAGCCUUCCAAGCUCAUCCCGAACCUUAUCCUGAAUCCGACCAAGACCUUGUUCCACGACAUCUAGCUCCAUACCUUCGCUCUCGAGUUCUGGAGCAUGGAACCUUUGGUGUUUCUCAUACACGUGUCCCAACCGAAUCUCGACCGGGCCAUGUGGCUCUCAUUGCUGGCUUAUAUGAGGAUGUAUCGGCCGUUGCGACAGGAUGGAAGAUGAACCCAGUCAACUUCGACAGUGUUUUCAAUCGCAGCCGACACACAUGGAGUUGGGGAAGCCCUGAUAUUCUGCCCAUGUUCCAGCAUGGUGCUGUUCCAGGCAGAGUCGAUGCCUUUGCGUACGGUGCUGAGCUUGAGGAUUUCUCCAAAGAUGCAACCGAGCUUGAUUAUUGGGUUUUUGAUCAUGUCAAGGACUUCUUCGCUGCGGCUGCCACGAAUGAGACCCUCAACACGGCGCUUCGGGAAGACAAGGUCGUCUUUUUCCUUCAUCUUCUGGGUCUUGACACUACUGGACACUCAUACCGACCGUAUUCCAAAGAAUAUCUUCACAACAUCAAGGUGGUAGAUCAAGGUGUCAAGGAAAUUGUCGAGCUUAUCGAGAGCUUUUACGGGGAUGACCGGACUGCUUUUGUCUUCACUGCUGAUCAUGGUAUGUCGGACUGGGGUAGCCACGGUGAUGGACACCCUAACAACACCAGAACUCCUCUCAUUUCCUGGGGAUCUGGAGUUGCCGCUCCUGAAUUGCAUCCUGACGGCAUCGCGCCUGGCCACGAUGAACUUUCUUCAGACUGGAAUCUUGACCAUGUGCGCAGACACGAUGUUGCCCAAGCUGAUGUGGCCGCCCUGAUGUCGUAUCUCAUCGGUACUGAGUUUCCUGCAAAUGGCGUUGGUCAGCUUCCUCUGAACUUCCUCUCUGCGAGCAUUAAGGAAAAGGCAGAAGCUUCUCUGGCCAACGCUCAGGUUAUCCUCGAGCAAUACCGGGUGAAAGAAGAGAACAAGAGAAAUGCAGAGCUCCGCUACCAGCCCUAUGGACCGCUGAGUGAUGACAAGCUUGGCCCGGAAUCACGCAUCGCUCACAUUCGCGCAUUGAUCGAAGCUGGCUCCUUUGAGGAGGCCAUUGAAGAAUCCGAUGCUCUCAUGUCCACUGGACUCCAAGGUUUACGUUACCUUCAGACCUACGACUGGCUAUUUCUUCGUGCUUUGAUCACUAUCGGCUAUUUGGGCUGGAUGGCUUAUGCUACCACAACUGUCCUGUCUCUGUACGUGGUGGACGAGAGUCUGCCUCCCCAGCGUACACUGCUCGGAUCUGCCUUCUUCUCGUCAGUCCUGGUUGCACUCUACUCAUCCUUCAUCAUCUCCAAGUCUCCUCCUGCAUACUACCUUUACGCGUUCUUCCCUGUUCUGUUUUGGGAAGAGGUAUAUGCGCGCAGGGCCAACGUGGCCAAAGGUUUUCAGGCUCUGUUUGGCCAUGUCAGGUCUGGCGGGGCUGUAGUUGCACUUGUUUUCAAUGUUGUUCUCUAUCUUGGUGUUAUCCAGUCUUUGGCUUUGGCGUACAUUCACCGUGAAAUUCUCACUGGGCUCUUUGUAUUGGGUGCUUUCUGGCCCAUGACAUUAGGCAUCUCAUUCUUAAGGUCUCAUCUAUUCUUGAGUAUGCUGUGGUUUCUGUCUUGUUUGGCUAUGAGCACCUUUACCCUGCUCCCUGCUAUGAAGGUUGAGAACAUCCCACUUAUUAUGGCUGGUGGCGGAUUGAUGACUGUCGUCGGUUUGGCUUACAUGGUCCUUGAGGAUUUUAUCCUAUCAGACUUCACCUCUUUCAAGACGAAAUCGAAACGUCUUCACACAAGUCGGACGCUUCUUGGUAUCCAGGUUGGACUUAUCAUUCUCGCAAUGCUUGUCACCCAUUCUAGCGCGACGUCACUGCAGGCCAAACUUGGCCUUCCUAAGGGUAACCAAGUGGUGGGUUGGUUUGUUCUAGUCGUGUCGCUCCUCAUGCCAUUAGCAUAUCGAUUACAACCCAACAGCCAUUACAUGCAUCGUCUCGCCAUCAUUUUCCUUACGUGUGCCCCCACGUUUGUUAUUUUGACGAUAUCUUACGAAGGCCUUUUCUAUGUGGCUUUCAGCAUCACUCUGUUGGCUUGGGUGCGCCUUGAGUAUGCAGCCCAUGCCUUUAGACAAGAAAAGGCCAAGAAGCAGACCGCUGUCUCUGAUAGCCAACAACAUAAAUUGGGUGCUUUCCGGCCUUUAAGUUUAUCAGACGCACGGAUUGCACUGUUUUUUAUGGUCUUGCUCCAGUCUGCCUUUUUCAGCACAGGCAAUAUUGCUUCCAUCUCAUCAUUCAGCUUGGAAAGUGUAUCCCGAUUGAUUCCCGUUUUCGACCCCUUUUCACAAGGAGCGCUACUGAUCCUCAAGAUCAUUAUUCCGUUCUUUCUUAUAUCAGCUAACCUUGGAGUGCUGAACAAGCGACUGGGCGUGGCGCCAUCCGCCAUUUUUAUGGUUGUCCUUACCGCGAGCGAUGUUCUGACGCUCUACUUCUUCUGGGUUGUCAAAGAUGAAGGAUCAUGGCUGGAGAUUGGCUCAACCAUCACUCACUUCGCCAUUGCAAGCUUCUUGUGCGUCUUUGUUGCUGCCCUCGAAUUUGUGAGUGCGGCUUUCAUUGCUGGCAUUGAAGUCGAGGAUACGAAAUCGGCUGCAUUGACCAGUGCAAGCACCAAACCAGAUGAGAAAGUGCCAAUAGUGGCGGGGGCAGAAUAA